AUGAGCCUCCAAUCGAACAAUCCCAAUAAGUUGGGGGAUCUUGCUGUGUGUAGGGCUGACGCAUAUUCACCUAGUUAUAGAGAAUUCUCCUUAAGAGGACACACCACCGCUGGAUGGGAAAGUGGCUUUGGUAACAAUAGGGUUUUGGUCCUCGGUCGAAACAGCGACAAGUUCCUAGCAGCCAAAGAAGAAUGGCAACGUCGUCAUAUCAACCUAGGCAAGGACAACAAGAGUCACUUUCAUUCAAUGCGGCCUCGGUGUCACAACCAAGAACGAACAAUCACCUCAGGUGAAAAUGGUCUUUGCGGCAAAUUGUAUUGGCCCCCAGGAACUGGUCACCCUGCUCUUACCACUCUUAUAAACCUUACCACGCCUAUGCGUGUGAUGCCUCUGCAUCCGUAUAUUGAUGGCUUUUGGGGUUAUUGUCGUUCCAAGUUGGGAGAAUGUCUCACUCGUCGAGUCGAGCAAAAGGCUCCGAAGCUGGAAACAUCUACGUCAAUGCUUUCUUUCCUGGGAACAUCGUCACAGAGCAGUGGAAGGCCUGGGACGAAUUCCUACUGCCAAGCCAGACGCGGACGACUGACAUUGGAAAUGACCUGGUUCUCGCCUGCGACCUUUGGGUCCAUAUCCUUACAUUUCACCCUCUCUGUCCCUUACUCUUCUCCUCAGAAUCCUGCUUGUGUAACUGGAUUGGAUAGAUACCAAGGUGAUAGAGCAUCUAGGCCGCCAUGGGCAAGAAGAGUCCUGACGGCAGCUCCUCCGAGAAGUAUCCGUCAAAAUUCGCAGGUUAUUGCAUAUUUUUGGCUAAAGUUCAGGUAUAUCAUGAUCCCAAGGUUCCCGGUUUCUGCUCGUGAUGAUCGUGCCGGCGCAUAG